UGUGUGGCAGGAAACAGCAGCUCCCUGCCUGCCCGCCUGAUCUCGCAGCCCAGCCUUGGCUCCUGCCUCAUUGUUUCCAGCUCCACAUCCUCCUCUUUCACACACUCCCAAGGGCUGAGCUGCUUUGGGAAGCUGGAUAAAGCAGAUCCACCACAGCCACGGAUGCCGUGAGUCGGGGCAGACCCCGUCCCUCUCAUGUGGAUUUGUUCUCAGCAAUGCCGACCUGACAGUGUUUCCAAGGCAAUUGUGGGAUUAAUGUGCCGUCACCAUCAUCUGUAACCAUGAAGCCCCGAAACACCAUGGACACUCUUCUGAGAGUGCUGGGAAGAAGAGAGAGCACCCGAGUACCAAGUGGCCGCCGGCCUGGGAAGGUGUCCGAGCCUCACACCUUCAAAGAGAAAGUAUUUAAGAAGAAGAAAAAGGCCUGUGUUGUGUGCAAGGAAUCCAUUGAGACCCAGGGUCUUGUUUGUAAAGUGUGCAAAGUGGCAAGCCACAAGAAAUGUGAAGCCAAGGUAGCGUCAUCCUGCCAGCCCCUCCCUCUACCUGAACUGAGGAGGAAUACAGCUCCAGUCCGGCGUAUUGAGCAUUUGGGCUCUACCAAGUCCCUCAACACUGCUAAGCAACGGAACACGCUACCCAGGAGUUUCAGUCUAGACCACGUGAUGGAACGCAAGUAUGACUUUGACCUCACCUACAUCACUGAGCGCAUCAUCUCUGUCUUCUUCCCCCUGGCCUUGGAGGAGCAGCGUUACCGUGGCAACCUUCGGGAGGUGGCCCAGAUGCUAAAAUCCAAGCAUGAGGACAAGUACAUGCUCCUCAACCUGUCAGAGAAGCGGCAUGACAUCAUCAGGCUGAACCCCAAGGUGCAAGACUUUGGCUGGCCAGACCUCCACGCCCCACCGUUGGACAAAAUCUGCUCCAUCUGCAAAGCCAUGGAGACCUGGCUGAACUCAGACCCACAGCAUGUGGUUGUGCUUCACUGCAAGGGCAAUAAGGGCAAGACUGGCGUGAUCGUAGCAGCCUACAUGUACUACAGCAAAAUCUCUGCAAGUGCAGACCAGGCCCUCAGCACACUGACCAUGCGCAAGUUCUGCGAGGACAAGGUGGCUGCUUCUCUGCAACCCUCCCAGAAGAGGUAUAUCCAGUAUUUUAGUGGGCUACUCUCAGGCACCAUCAAGAUGAACAGCAACACCCUGUUUCUGCACCAUGUUCUUCUCCCAGCUAUCCCUACCUUUGGGGCUGGAGGAGGUUAUCAACCCUUCUUGAAGAUCUACCAGUCCAUGCAGCUGGUGUACACGUCUGGGAUCUACAGUCUUCAUGGUUCUGGUGGAACUCAGAAGCUCUGCAUCAGUCUGGAGCCAGCCUUGCUCUUGAAAGGGGAUGUCCUGGUGAAAUGUUACCACAAGCAGCUCCAGGGCAGCGAGCGUGAUGUUGUGUUCCGGGUCCAGUUCCACACCUGCACCAUCCACAGCACCCAACUGUGGUUUGGUAAAGAUGAGUUGGAUGAAGCCUGGAGAGAUGAACGGUUCCCAUUUGAAGCAAGUGUGGAGUUUGUCUUCUCUUCCAGCCCCGAGAAAAUUAAAGGCCGCGAGACCUACAGGAACAACGCUGCUGUUGCAGUAGAUUACAACAUCUCGAAUCCCAUAGUGCGCUGGGACUCCUAUGAAAACUUCAACCUGCACCAUGAGGACAGCCUGGAAGAUGUCUUGCACACCCGGGGUCCUCUUGAUGGAAGCCUUUAUGCCCGGAUCAAGAAGAAAGGUGACCUGAGUAGCUUCUCCUCCACCACCACCAAUGGCAGCCCCAGCGGACCAGAGUCCCCUCCGCAGCAAGGUGGGCGCUUCCUGUCCAUCAGCAGCGACUCGGGACACUCCUCCCUGCUGACCGAGAAGGCGGACGAGAGCACGCCACCGUCCAGGCCACAGCCCACAGCUGCCGAGAAGGAGGAGCUGGACCGGCUCUUGGGGGGCUUUGGUGUCCAGCCUCGGCAGCCGAGUGAAGGGAGCUGCCCCCAUGCCGUUUCCCCUUCUCCUACCAAAGAGAGAGAAACGGCCAUUUUGGAAGAUGAGCUCUCAGACAUCGGUCAGCCAGGAAUCCACUUUUCCUACCAAGCUCAGCGCUCUGGCCUGGCCCGCCAUUGUUCCUGCCGCCUUGGGUACCGGCCCCACAGCCCUGAGAGGCCUCACAACGUGGCCUACUACAGACCAGAUGGCACUCUGGAGCGGCGGCAGCCCCUCUAUAAUGGCGGGCCCUCUCACGCGCAUCCUGAGAGGUACGAAGAGAAACGGCGGGUGUUCCGCUCCCUGUCCGAGGGCAUACAGCCCCACGCCUACCCCUUCGGCCAUGAGCCACUGUCGCCUCACAGCCCCAGCCGACGGGAGCAUGAGGAGCUGCUCAUCUUGGAGGACCCACCCACUUUCUUAUGCCCCUGCCAAGAUUGCCAAGAGAUGGCUCGGGAAGAGGCAAGGUUGCCCACGGCUGCCUUCUACAGCCUGCGCCUGGACCGGGACCCUGAUCUGUGGGGGGUGGAAAACGCAAGGCCGCCGCUGCUUCAUCACCCGCUCCACCGGGAAGGGCAGCCUGUGCCACUUCUAAUGCCCGCUACCUAUGGGCACCACCAUGUGCCCCAUGGGCAACACCAAGCCUUUAACUUUGAGCCCAAGAUGGUGGCAGGGCACAUAGGUCACGCUUACCAAGCCCACCAGAGGUCCAAAGUGAUGGAGGAGAAUGCCGAGGCGUUUCCUUACCCCCGCUAUGGCCCCCCUUACCCUCCAGGGCCAUCCUACGCCUACGGCCGGGGCCCAGCCAAGGCCUGCCUUGUCUCUGGAUACUCUGGAUCUCCCCACUCCAUUUCGCCAACCAGCCCCCUGUAUCCACCAACCAGGAAGCAGGGCUAUGAGCCCCCAGAGAGCAGCGACGAAUUCCUCCCGCCAGCACCUGUGGAAAGGCAGCGUGAGCUGCAAGACUGCAGGGAUGGCAUGAUGGCCUGGCAUGACGGUCCCAUCUCCCUUCCGCAGCAUCGUCAGGAGGUACGGGCUCACUGUGCAGACAUCUCUGGCUCUCCCACUUCCUUCCACACCAGCAGUCCAGUAUUCAGCAGUGACAGCCCUGGCACCUUCAAGCACAGCAACAAGGGCACCAACCUCCCUGAAAACGUGCUGCGGCUGAGCCCCGAAGAGCUGGCUUCUCCUGGCUGGAAAAGAGGCCCAGAGAAGAUGGCGUCUUCAAGCAGCCCCACACAGAUGCUCACCCCAAUGCAGGCCUUCACACACCUCCCCACUUUCCGCCCACAGGCUAAUGGGACUUCUCUGAGACCAGGCCUCCAAGCACCACAGCUGUGCCCCCGCACCCACUGUUCUUCCAGCCCUCCACACAUCACCCCCUCACCCACAGCCAAACAUGGCGUCCCAGCAGAGGACCAGCCACACCAGAACGGUUCAGAGAGCUCUAGCCUCCAGGCCACGACAGUCUCCUGCGAAUCGUCUGUUGAGGGAGCCUCACGGCCUCAGCUAAGCCCCGUCAUGGAGAGACCGGCCCUGAGGAGCAGCUUACGGGUCCCUUGCUACAGCCAGCCUCCUCCCGGCUGCCGAACUGUGUCCAGUGCCCCAGCCUCACCUCAGAUCCCAGCAGCCUACAAUGGGCAGCUGCACUGUGAGAGAAAUGAGGCCGAGGGGAGCCCCCUUCUCCGGUGCCCCAACAGCAGUCCCUCUCUCGGGCCCUACCCAAUCAGUGUCCAGCCGCCAGCCCCUGGCUAUGGUUUCGCGGACAUGCAGGGCUCUCCAACCCCGGCCUUCCCCAUUGCGACAGCCUACUACACGGGCGCCGAGAGCAGCCUCUCCGAACGGGAACCGCUCUGCGAGCCACAGCAGCCCCCGCUGCCUGAAAAGCAUCACAUACCGGCAGCCAGGAACUGGGAGAGGAGCUCACCGCCUGGCCGUAGCCCUGGCUCCGCUCACCAUGUCACAUUUGCACCUGGCGUACCUGAUGGCAACACACCUGGCCCAGCUAACAGCUCCGUUCUUAGAACAGAUUCACAGCAAGAGAACCAGGUUAGCGUCAAAUUUGUCCAAGACACAUCAAAGUUCUGGUACAAGCCUCAUUUGUCCCGGGAUCAAGCCAUUGCCCUUCUGAAGGACAAGGAGCCUGGGACCUUCCUCAUUCGGGACAGUAAUUCCUUCCAGGGGGCCUACGGCCUGGCUCUGAAAGUGGCAACACCUCCACCCAACAGCAUCAACCACUCCACCAAAGGCGAUCCUGCUGAGCAGCUGGUGCGUCACUUCCUGAUUGAGACAGGACCAAAGGGGGUGAAGAUCAAAGGCUGCAACAACGAGCCCCAUUUUGGCAGCUUGCCAGCCCUGGUGUCCCAGCACUCCAUCACCCCCAUCUCCUUGCCUUGCCGUCUCCGUAUCCCAAGCAAAGAUCUAGUGGAGGAGAGCGCAGAGCUGGCUGUUCCCACCAACAUGAGCACAGCUGCUGAUCUGCUGAAACAGGGAGCAGCCUGCAGUGUGCUGUACCUGAGCUCUGUGGAAACAGAGUCCCUGACAGGCCCACAGGCUGUGGCCAAGGCAGCCACCAGCACCCUGAGCGCCACUCCUCGUGCUUCUGCCUGCGUCGUGCACUUCAAGGUGUCAGCCCAGGGCAUCACGCUCACAGACAACCAGAGAAAGCUCUUUUUCCGGCGCCAUUAUCCUGUCAGCAGCGUCACUUUCUGCAGCACAGAUCCUCAGGACCGCAGGUGGGCUAACCCAGAUGGCACCACAUCCAAGAUCUUUGGCUUUGUGGCCAAGAAGCAAGGCAGCCCAUGUGAGAACGUCUGCCACCUCUUUGCUGAGCUAGACCCUGAGCAACCGGCAUCGGCCAUAGUCAACUUCAUCACAAAGGUUAUGCUGGGGACUCACCGGAGAUGAAGGGACACUGCUGCAGAUCUCUCUGCAGGCAUCUUCUUCUUCCUCCUCCUCCCCACCUUGACCACUGAUUUGUGCUGCUCGUGUAAUGCGGGGAGAAGCUGUUAAUUGGGCAGGUUGGCAGGCCCAGGUGGAGUCACUGCUGGGGGGUUUUCUACUCCCCUGCCUCUCUCCCACCUACUGGCCAGCAAAGGGCUCUAGGGGGGAGUGGAUGUCAAGGCUGCACUCCCUUCACUGGACCCCAGGAGUCUGCAUUGCACUGUGUUUUCUUACUAGCAGACAAAGCGCCAAUGGGUGACAACUUAGAAAGGACUGUACAUCUUUAAAUAUCUGGCUGAUUCUUUUCAUAAGCUCAGACAAGGCUCUGCAGCACAACAGUAACUGAAGGCGCCUGGAAGCAAUGAAUAUGCGGAACUGUCUGCAUCCAUUCAGAGGCAGCAUAUUGUACCAUCCUAGUAGACGAAGAGGUUAGAAUUACUCUGGGCAGGCCAAGGGUAGCACAAGGGCCAGCUUGCAAACACCAUGCUGGGGAAAUCUGGUUCUUGCUUCUCCACUGCAAAGUGAGAAAAGCACCUGGGAAUAUCUUUGCUAGGGUUGGGGUUGGGGAGGAGACUAGUGGGCAGGUUAAGCUCUCCCCCUACUUGCUGUUUCCCCCACUCCUGCAAAUCCCUUGCAUAUGGGCAUGUGUGCCAUUUUGCAGCACAGAACCCGCAGCCAGAGGUCCCAGCCCCAUGUCUGCUUCUGACCAUGCAGAUCAGUCCAGCCUGGCUAUAAAUUCCCUUUAGACUUAUCAAGUACUAACCUUGUCUUCCUUCCAUUAGUGAGGAAAAGUGCUCAACAUGGUAAGAUAAGUGAUCCGUUUUGGAAGUUUUAAGCUAGGUGGACAGCAGUCAGUUCUACUGUUAGCUUUCUGGAUGUGUUGAAGUAGAUCAGCAAGGAUUUGUGACUCCCAAGUUGUGACAACCAGAAAAUAACACCCCUCCCAGUGUUACAUUACUGAAACAAAGGAGAUGGGCAGGGGCCAACCUGGAGUGUUAUCUGUGUGUGUCUGAAAGACUGUGAAAGUGGUUAGAGGGUGCCCGGGUUUUAGUAAAAAAUGGAAGUAGAUCUCACAAGCCUGAAGCCUUGUCCGCCCUGUUUUAAACACUCAAGCUAUGGCCGCAAAGCUGGUCUUGGGUGUUUUACAAUUCUAAUUUAUUUUUUUAAUGCCCCUCCCUUCCUUUCAUCCUUUGUUGUACCAAUAUAUUUUAUCAGUCUGGCAGUCUUUCUCACCAUUGGCUCUGAAGCUUGGAUGUGGGUUUCAAUUAAUUUCCCACUACUCUUUGCCAUUUAGAAUGAAGGCCUUGCUUUCUGGAUAGGAUUCUAAGGCAACAACCCUUCAACUUAUUCCAAUCUACAUCUUGAAUAGAAUUGAGCAGCACAACUCUUGCAUAGAGAGUUUAAGUUAUCGGGUAGUAUUACUGGACCCCCAACUCCUAUCAGCCUCAGCCAUGUUAGCCAAGGGGCAGGGAUAAUGAGAGCCGUAGUCCAGAGAUAUUUGGAGGCUCAUGGGGUCCCUACCCCUGAUGUAAACAGCAUCCAAAAGGAUAGAACCCAGACUGCAGUAGGGAAACAGUAGGAUUUGUAAAUACUCAAAAAUAUUAACACGGGGCGGGUCACCAUUUUAGGCCAUCAGUGGAAGAAAGAUUUGUAAUGCAAAUCAACACGCUGACCAAUGCCGGUUUUGCAUUCACAUUGCAGCAAGAGUCAUGCAUGAAAAUGCACUGAUUGUGUAAAGGAGGUGCAUAGUCCAUAACGUCUCUGGUGAGCUACCUUUCUCCUAGUUCUAUAAUGGAGCAGCAUUUAUGGCAUUAGGCAACUGUAUGUGAUAGAGGGGUCAAGUGGGAAGCAAUGGAACCUGCUGUUUUGCCUGAGUAAAGAUGCUUGGUCUUCAAAUUACCAGGUUACCUUGUGGCAGGAGCCGAGAGUGGCGGCAGCAAUGUGUGCUGAACGGACCAGAGCACAGUGAAGAGAAUGGGACCAACUGCUCUCAUACUCUGAAAAAAUUAAAGGCAGCAGUAACGUGGGGGUUAGCAGAGUGAAGAACCAGGUUUUCUGAAUUCUGCUCCUAGCUCAGGAGUGCAGAGAGACUGAGUACAUGGAUUUAUGGCUGGAUCAUCUGGACCUGUCUCUGUGGGUGCUUCCGGCCAGAGGCUUGGUAUUGCAAAUAAGUAAUUUGGGUAUUACAAACAGCCAACAGGUGUGUUUUUUAAAUCAGAUUUUCUGCAAAAAGGAAAAAAAAUGGAUCAAAGGCAGGGGGGGGACUACCGCUUUAUUGCAGCUGCUACAGAACCUGUGCAUGUAUGGGCAGCACCAAUCCCAUGUAAGAACCUGCCAGGAAGCACCUUUUGAGUUCAGUUUCCAGUUCUCUCCAGGGCACAGUUGUAAACAAAGUGCUGUUUUUCCCAGUGAAGCAAUGAAGAGAAAAUUGGAGUGGCCAUUUAUGGACCAAUCAGUUGAUAUCUUUGAAGUUGUAUGUGGUUGCUUUCAGAUGACCUGUUUAUUAAGUCGUCGUUUGCAUGUUUGCAAACGUUGGCUGUUUUACUGAGCAUUUCUUCUAAUUUCUUUGUGGCGAGUUCACAUGACACUGCAACAAAGAACUGUUAUUCUACCCUUCCCUGUGUAUUUUCUCAUGACUUGCCUUACUAUGAAAAGUCUGGGGUGUUGUUUUGUUCUUGGCUUGUUGUGCAAGAGCACAAAAAGCCACUUUAAUCAAGCAACCUUAAUUUGCCAGUAUGCAACUGAAUCCCACCUGAAAGUAUUGACAGUCUGCAAGUGCUAUAUGUUUUUGAACACAAGAUUCUCUGCCAGAUUAAGGAGCACCUAAUAACUGCAUAUGCACAUUUGCAAAGAGGAACGGGGGCUCUGUUCAGCCCAAGGUCUUGGGAACACCUUAAAAAGCUGUUGAUUGGGUUACAGAGAGGUGUCUUAUCACAUGCAUUCCUCAGAGCUGUGUUGUAACAUUGUGUGAGGAUAUUCCAAAGUGUGUUUCCUUUUCAGAGAAGCAGCAGCGUCUAGUGGAUAGAGGCAGCGAGAGGGGAUGCUAUACAACAGCCUAGUCUUGCAAUGUUAGCACAAGCCAACUUCUGAGGAGUAAGUGUAUGUGAGCCUUUGAACACUCCUAUAUUCAAACCUCGCCUUUACUCUUCUUUCACUUACUGUCAUUUUCAUUGAAGGUAACAGGAAACCCUGCCAGGUGUGUUUCUUCCCCCUAAUGAAAGGCAUGUGUGGCUCCUUCCCUCCAUAAGGAAAUGUGCAGCCAUUCCUCGCAAAGGGCGUUUGUGCCUCUUCCCUUGUCUGUGCCUUAUCCUGGUUUCAUUAGUGCACUAUUUGAGAAGGGGCUGCUAUACAUGUAGCAGUUUUGCUGAAAAGAGAACCCCGCUUCUUGUACCUUUUUUCCAGCACUGGAAUGCCAUGACAGGAGAACACGCAUCUGCUGAAAUGCUGCUUUCAGUGUCUCUCCCAGAGGCUCAAAGCCCUGUGAGACAACUCAUCCUUUUGACCACCAAGUAACUUUCAGAUUGCUUUCCUGUGACGUGUGUCUUUAUUAGCUAAAAUAAGAGCAGCUGUUUACUUUGCAUUAUAUCACGUUGUUUCAUGAGAACCUUAAUGGAGCUGGAACUAAAACAGGGGCUGGGAACUUGGGGGAGGGAGAUUGUCCAAUAUUGUUGGGCUACAGUUCCCAUCAUCCUUGGCCAUGCUGGCUGGGGCUGAUGGGAGUUGAAGUCACCUGGAGGGCCACAGGUUCCCCACCCCUGAGCUACAAAGGUGGUCAUCUUUGUUUCGCUGUAUCGCAGCCGACCCCAACUCCCACCUGCCCCAGGCAGCAUUCUGGCUGGAACUGAUGGGAGGUGCAGUUCAAAACAGCUGGAGAGCACCAGGUGAGCAAAAGAUGCUGCAGUGGGCCAUGAAGAACCUAUUUCUGGGGUGACUGAAACUUACUUGCUUUAAAUUAGUCUGUCACUAUAGUUUAUGAUAGCAUAAAAAUAUUAAAUCAU